GUGGCUUGUGGGUAAACACUGGUGCAGUUUCCUGAGAAAAGUGCAGCUUGGUUUUCACCGCCCCAUUGUUGCACCGUUGAGAAGUUGAUGCUGGGGUGUCUCGCUUUCUGUUACGGCUCUGGGCACCACGGAUGAAGCGAUCUGCGGCGUGCGGGCAGUGGUGAAGGCGAAUCGCAUGCUUUUUUGUUAAUUCCUCAUUCUAGGGACGAAAGACUGUCUAGCAACGCGGCCAGCCCGGUUGCAAGUUGACAGUUGUUCGGACUGUCUUCGCGAUGAGUCUGAACGAGCACUCGCUGCAAGCUCUCUCCUGGAGGAAGCUCUACUUGAGCCGAGCAAAACUAAAAGCGUCCAGCCGAACCUCAGCCCUCCUUUCUGGUUUUGCAAUGGUAGCCAUGGUGGAGGUUCAGUUGGAACCCGAGAGCUACCCCCCAGGGCUUCUGAUCGCCUUCAGCGUCUGCACCACCGUGCUGGUGGCCAUCCACCUCUUCGCCUUGAUGGUGAGCACCUGCAUCCUGCCCAAUAUCGAGGCCGUCAGCAACGUGCACAACCUGAACUCGGUGAAGGAGUCGCCCCACGAGCGCAUGCACCGUCACAUCGAGCUGGCCUGGGCCUUCUCCACCGUCAUCGGCACGCUGCUCUUCCUGGCCGAGGUGGUGCUGCUCUGCUGGGUCAAAUUCAUGCCCGUCAGACCUCACUCCAGCGCGGACAACAGCACCAUGAGCGAGGGCGUGGUCGCGGCCAUCACCUCCACCUCCAUCAUGGUGCCCUUCGCCCUGGUCUUCAUCGUGUUCGCCGUGCGCUUCUACCGCUCCCUCGUCAGCCACAAGACGGACCGGCAGUUCCAGGAGCUGGAGGAGCUGUCCAAUAUAACCCGACUCCAGAAUGAGCUGGACCACAGAGGGGAGGCUGCUGUCUUGCAGCCACCCAGCUCUGAUUUCCCAUAGAGAAGAGGGCUUCUGCGCCUCUUAAUUCUCCUGUAAUUUCAAAGGGAUUUUCCGAUUUAUAUUCCAUUUAUUUUUUAUUUUAUUUUGCACGUAAACAUUUUAUAAGAUUGUCAGGUAACAGUUGGUCCCCUUUUGAAUUGUACUGUAAACUCUGCUGCUGUGCUGAAAGUUUACUGAGUGAUUUUUUUUUUUAGGAAUUUAUUCUGUUUUAAUGAAUGCUGUUUAAAUCGAUGGAUUUAUUAUAAUUUUUUUUUUUUUUUGUAAAAUUGUGUCACAUUGUAGAUUUUAUGAAUGCAAGAGACCGAUUAAUGGAAGAGAACUUUAGGGCACAUCAUAGGUUCCACUGUAAAAAGAAGAAACAUUUAGAUUUUUAAAUAUAAAAUAUGGAAUGUGUUUUCAGUAUUUAACAGUAUUUAAAGAGAAUUUUAUUGUGAGGGUUUAAUUUGAAUCAAAUUUUUAGUCGGUGUUUACAGUUUGGGACAGAUAUAUCUGAAUGGGGGCUGUAGCUUCAUCAUGGGACUGCAAGCUGUGGGUAAACAUUCUAACUGUGAUGGCAAUGUAUUCAUGUUAUUCAGAUUUAAACAGACUGUUAAAAAAAACCAAGUUGCCUAAUGCAGUGUUUCUCAAACUGGUUUGCAGGGACCCACAGGCAGUCCACAUUUUUGCUCCAGGGAGGGAGUUGGGUGCAAGCAAAAACAUGCACUGGCUAGGGGUCCCCGGGCCCCAGGGUUAGAAACACUGCCCUAAUGAAUAGUGCUCAGUUUAUUAAUAACUGGUUGAUGUAGUAAUGUUUACUUGUCAUCUGCUAAUAUUGGAAUGUAUAUUAACUGACGGUAAUGGCAUUUAAUUUUUUUGCAGAGGUAUUGGGUUCAUUUUGUGUGAAUCUCGAAGGAGACUGAAUGCCACGGUUUCGUGCCAAAGGACGUUGCUUUGUAGCCAUGGCAGUCACAGCCUGCUUUAACCCAAUGAGAAUUCAGCGGCUGACUCUGCAUGAUGGGCCAGGUCCUCAUGCAUUUCCGCUCCCCGAUUCUCCUACACGUACCCUGUGCACAGGACCAUUCAAGAGCUUCCUGACUGGAAUUGCUCUGCUUCCCUGAGCCGAGAACAGCUUUAAAUGUCUGUUUAUAACAGUGAGGAACGAUUGGUUGGUGCUGGGCUCAUACACGCAUGGACGUUUUGAGGUGGCCAGUUAAUUGGGUGCCACAGAGCACAGUCACGCUGGACUUCUCAUCUCUUCAUCAUGCCACAAUGCAGAAGAUGUGUUUCCCCACUGCAGUGUGGGCAUGGUGUUACUGUACAGUGCCAGCUCGACACUUACUGCUUCCUGUUGUAGGUGUUUGAUCCACUGCGUGACCCAGUGGUCUUCCACCAUUCUCUGAGUGCUGAUUUUGUCAAAGUUUAUGGGAAUUAACAUUAUGAUGUUAACUUAAAAAAAAUGUUUGCUUGAUUAUAUGUAACCAGCUUGCUCGUGAGGUUAUUAAUAUUUUUGUGCCAAAGGUUAAUUUAUAAACUGGUUCAAGGCUGUUGUCCAUCCAUCCAUCCAUCCAUCCAUUUUCCAAACCGCUUAUCCUAUUGGGUCGCGGAGGGUCCGGAGCCUAUCCCGGAAGCAAUGUGCAUGAGGCAGGGAACAACCCAGGAUGGGGGGCCAGCCUAUCGCAGGGCACACUCACACACCAGUCACUCACACAUGCACACCUAUGGGCAAUUUAGCGACUCCAAUUAGCCUCAGCAUGUUUUUGGACUGUGGGGGGAAACCGGAGUACCCGGAGGAAACCCCACGACGACAUGGGGAGAACAUGCAAACUCCACACACAUGUGACCCAGGCGGAGACUCGAACCCGGGUCCCAGAGGUGUGAGGCAACAGUGCUAACCACUGCACCACCAUGCCGCCCCCCAAGGCUGUUGUAUGUAUUAAAAAAUAAAUAAAUAAAUAAAUAAAUAAAUAAAUAAAUAAAUAAAAAAUAUAUACUUUUCAUACCAUAUAGUUGUUUGUGAUUUCUUACAGUAACUUUGCCAGUUUUUACUAGUGCCAUUUUAGAAAUGAUAUUUUAAUGGUUUUAAUGAUGUCCUGUCUCAGGGCAGCUCAGUGUUAGCACUGCAGCCACAAAUCCUGGCUCUGUGGUAACUGUGGAGUUUGUAUAUUCUCUCCAUGUGGUUUUUUUCCCCUCAGGCCAAAUUCAGUUACGCCGUUAAUUGGCGUGUCUCAUGUUUCAGCGUGUGUGCCAUGAGACAUGCUGCAGGCCGCUUCUGCAACCUUAGGUGAGAUAGUGUCUCUAAAUUGCCCCGUGUGUGAGCGUGUAUGUGUGUGCGCCCUACAAUGGAAUAGCAUCCUGUCCAAGGUGUCCCCUUUCCUUGUACUUUGGCUUCCUGGGACACCCUACUGGAUGGAAGUGUGGAUAUAUCCACUUUAUGUCACUACCAAAUCAGACCAAGUUGAUAUAAAUACCUCAUGGAAGUCUAAUGAAAACAAAAUGUGCAUGCGAGUUGAAUGUUUGCACGUGUAACAAUGAGAUCGAUAACCAAAAACCACUACUGGAUGCUAUAUAAAGCUUUUAUUUGUAUAUUAACAAAUAUAUCUCAACCAUCAUUUUUAGCCAGUCUGAACUGCCAGCAAAAGGCAACAGAAGCGUAAUCCUUGAGGUGGGAUUAUCUGUCAGAUAUAAUAAUGGAUCCAAGCUGAAGUUUUAUUAUAAGUUUCUAAAAAAAGAGUGUUUUAAGGCUGGGCUUUAACUCAACAGGCAUCCUUUUUCGGUAGGUGAUUUUAUUUGUUUUUAUUUAACGUCAUGCAUUAUGUUUGUCUUUAACAUAAGUGGUUAUAAAUUAUAACCCAGGAUAAAACUGCAAUUCGCAGGUUGGCAGUGAAGGUUUCAGUUUCCAUGUUUCAUUGUUUCAUUGAUGCACAGCAGGUGAUUAGCAUGGUGGGAGCCAUGUAAAUACCUGUGAACAUCCUGUUUUUAUGACGCAUCAGCCAACUCUAGGGUUAUCACAGUGAAGGCAUUUCCCCUGCGGUGAUUCAGGGUGGUGAAAUACCACAAUAUAUGGUGAGUAGACAUUACAAAGAGACAAGCAAGCAUCAGGCAAGGACCAAGUACAAACAGGUACAGGCACGCGACAACCAAGUCGACAGAACGUUGAUAUACAGCAAAACAUACACAGGGACUGUUCGCCGACACUACAAUAUUUCAACAUGGACGCCAGUUGAAAUAUGCACUUCUAGUUUGUUUACAUGAAUAACGAAACAUCCACACCUACGAAGGAUUUUAUCUUUGAAAUCACCAUGCUAGGCUAAGCAAAAUGCUUUUAAUGCCAACCAAAACCACAGACCAAAAAUCAUUUUGGACAAAAAUUUUACAGUUUGCGUAUUUCCAUCCGUAGGCCUAUAUGUAACAUGUUUAGAAAUCAGUUAUUGUCUUAUUAACAUUUUGUGAAAAUAACUCAAUAAAAAUCAUGAAUAUAUCGCGACAGUCUGGCCAAUGUAGAAAGCUGUGAACAUUUACACGUUGAAAUCCACAUGAACACGCAUCACUUCACUAAGGAGGAGUAAACUAGAUAGCGCUCUUGGUUUACUUUGGUUCAUGCUUUGAGCCCGUUUUUUAUCAGAGAGCGCCAUACAGCAGGGUCAGAAAAUACAGCAAAUGCUUCUUAUAUA